AUGGAUGAAGUCGAGGUGAAGCUGGAUACAAGUGCGCAACAGCCUCUGGCACUGGAAGAUGAGACGCCAAACUGGCAGAUAAUGCUCCCUGCGUCCGUUAAGGGGGGGUCGUUUAAUGGCGUGGGAGUGGAUGAUGAACAAAGGAUAGAGGAGCAAUAG